CUCUCUCUCUCUCUCUCUCUCUCUCUCUCUCUCUGUGUGUGUGUUUGUGUGUGUGUGUGUGUGUAAAGCAAAUGUGGGAGGGAGGGAACCCCGCUGUGAAAUGAAGCGCAGGUCGGACUAGGUGAACAUCUGUCGUGAUGGAUUUCGUGCUGAGCGGCGUGGCGGCGUGCGGCGCCUGUCUGUUCACCAACCCGCUGGAGGUCGUCAAAACGCGGAUGCAGCUUCAAGGAGAGCUCAAGAGCCGGGGCUCGUACCAGGUCUACUACCGCAAUGUCUUCCACGCUUUCUACACCAUCGGCAAAGUGGACGGACUGUCGGGGCUGCAGAAGGGACUGGCACCGGGGCUGGUCUAUCAGUUUUUUAUGAAUGGAGUCAGGCUCGGCUCGUACGCCAUCAUCGAGUCCUCCGGUUACAUCCACACAAACGGAAGGGUCAACGCGGUCAAAACCACGCUUGCAGGAGCUGUGGCUGGAGUGGUGGGAGCCGUAAUGGGCAGCCCUGUGUAUCUGGUCAAGACUCAUCUGCAGAGUCAGGCCACCUCCUCUAUUGCAGUGGGACAUCAGUACAAACACCAGGGGAUGAUCCACGCUCUGGCAGCCAUCUACAGGGCGCACGGCAUUAUGGGAUUGUGGAGGGGCUCCAGUGCUGCAGUGCCCAGGGUCAGCGUGGGAUCAGCUGCACAGCUCUCCACCUUCUCCUCCGCCAAGGAGCUGGUUAUAGACCUACAGGUGUUCAAAAAGGACAGCUGGUUGAUAGCUCUGACUGCGGGCAUGAUCAGCAGCGUGGUGGUGGUUCUGGCUAUGACACCCUUUGAUGUAGUGAGCACUCGACUCUACAACCAGCCCGUGGAUCAUUUGGGAAAGGGGGAACUUUAUAAAGGAUUCGCCGACUGCUUUUCUAAGACUCUGAGCAAAGAGGGCUUGUUGGGACUCUACAAAGGCCUGGGAGCCUCUUAUUUCCGACUUGGUCCACACACCAUUCUGUCUUUGUUCUUCUGGGAUGAACUGCGCAAACUUUACCGGGACUUCAGAUAACACGAGGGAACAAGGAAAUUGGAUAAAUGGGUAACUCAUUAAGCUCUUGAGUGCAUAGGCUAAAUGACUCCUCAUUUAAUGAGUUUGUUAUUAUGAGGUGAAAGCAAAAAAACUAAAAAAACCAGGAGAGGCUCUUCCUCUUCCUUGAUGGGAUGGAAGGAAGAGCAAAGGUGAGGUGACGCACACUCCAUUAUGAAAACACUUGAGUCGAGUUAAAAUGUGUCAGGAAGAAGGAGAGAAUGUUGUUACUGCAGCCAGGAGCGCUGACCAAGUCUGACGUGCAACAAAUGCACUUUGACAUGUUUUGGUGCCACACGUGCACAAAUUGAAUAACCAAAUAGGAACUUAACAUUAGACAGAUCUCAUACAGUGAGUCCUCUGGGAUGCACAUGGCUCUUUAAUACCUCUGAAAGUCUUUCGUCAUGCCAUUCCAAGAGAUGAAGCUGUAUCUGCACCAGACGCAGUACCUUCUGAAUAAAGCAUCAAAUGUGGCCCACUGAUUGGAGUGAAUUGUGCCUGCAGCGACAACAGUGGACAACAGUGUAACCCCUCUGUGCUGUGAUGUAACAGCUGUUUAAUACAAAGCAAUCACAGGCAAUGGUCCGAACAAGUGCAGUGUAUAUAUAUAUAUAUAUAUAUAUAUAUAUAUACUGCUUUUUAAAUUGAUCUAAGACAAAAAUAAAUGCUGCUGUUUGAUUGGACAUGCAACAAGAAGUCAAAAACUAGCCGCACUCUUCCACUGGCAGGAGGUAAUGACAGGGGUUGAGGGAUUUUCUACACCCAACUGUGACCUCACCACAAUUGUUGAGAAAGUCAAGAACCUGCUGAUCUCUAAACGACCAGUUAGCCAGUCGUUACAAACUUUAAACCUUACACGAGAAACUGAAAGGAAAAGGCGUUAAAGGCAGCUCUUGCACAAAGACUUCCUUUAACGUAAGACACUAUCCAGAGCUGAUGAGAACUCCUUCAGAAGUUCAUUUUAUGUCCUUGUUAUUUUUAUUUAUUUAAAAAUAAAUAAAUGCAGCACUCUUCUCUCUCUUCAGAAACCGAUGAGUGAUGUCACUGAGAACAUGUAAGCUGUGAGCCAGAUUUGAUGCUUUCUUCUUCCUCUGCCAAGUGUUUCAUUCAACAUUAUUUAUUACCUGUUUAAAAAGAUCACACAGUAUGUUUGCAUGACACAUUCAAUAAUGUACCUCAGCUUUCAGAGCGUAUCUGUGCUCUUAUCUUCUAUGAUGUGACCCAGGAGACGGACGUUACCAGAGUUUAUUUUUUUUAAUGAUGAAGUGGAUGUUUGGUCUCCUGAUAUCGUCAUCGGCAUUUUUAUUUUUACCAAGCAACUUUCAUUUCCCUCCCUGACGCCCAAUUUGUAUCUCAAAUUAUGUACGUGGUUUUGUUGGAGUUUGUCUAAGUCCUGCAGGGUCAGACAAAUCCAAGUAUCAGAAAAUAAGACUUUAGCAGUUUAGCUUCCCCAGACAUUAUUGGUCGAUGAAGAGUUGUCUGAAUAAUUGAUUGUCUCACUAGAAACAGUUCCUGUCAAAUAAAACCGCCAUGUGCCGUCUUGUUGUGUACAAUCAGCAAGCUGAACAGUUCAGGAUGUUUCAGACACCACACAGUGUUUCAAAAAUACUGAAUUAAAUGAUCUCAUAAGCACUAUCAGUAGUGCUGUAGUCAAGACCACACAAGCCGAGACCAAGACCAACCAUUUAGGGGUCGAGGCCGAGAUGAGACAAAGACCAUAAAUAUCACUGAAAAAAAUCGUAAUUUUGUGUGCAGCAGGCGUGUCACUCACUUAGACCGUAACACGGGGAAGGUUGCAGAAGAAACCGGGGGAUAAAAAUCUAAAUGAAUUGGUUCUUUUCGAAAAGGACAUUUUCUUUCUAAUCACAGUGAUGUCAUGGAAAAAUAGCCCAUCAGUGGUGGUCUUUACUGCUCUUGAUUUCAAAUCUGGAGUCCGCCCAGUCAGAGACCGAGACCAGACCGAGUGAAAAUGCUUUUGAUUCCGAGUCGAGACCAAGACCUUCAAAAAAGUGGUCUCGACCCCGGUCUUAAGACUAAGACUGAUUUCAAGUGCUACAACACUAACUAACACUUCAGGUGCAUUUCUAUUAUGAUAAAUCUCAAAUGUUACUGGAUAUUUAAUGUCACUGACUUUUAACAGGAAUGUUUAGAAAGUACUGAAGAUAUCGCAAAAAAAAAAAAAAUGUGGUUUUGACACUUCGGUUUGAAAAGUUCUCAGCUCAUUGUGACAUGAUGAGAUUGUUGAUUUUCAAUGAUGAGAGCCGUACAAAUGAAUGUUCAACACAGCCAGCUGCUUUUGCUUCAUGAAUGUGUUACUGUCAGGUUCAGCCAAUAUGUCCGUGCAAUGGACACAAAAGAGCCAAUAAACUUUUUGACUUUGA